AUGGGUGGUUGGAAGAUGGAGGUGAUCAAAGUGGGCGUGUAUCUGGCUAUUCCGCUAGGCGUCCUCACCAUGUCCAACAUGCCGCGCUACUUGGAACGUAAUCAUGACGCCCAACGAUUGAGUGUCUACGAACAGACUGGGGUCAGUAAAAAAAUUGAAUUCAUAUCCUUUUAUGACAGUUUGCGGUGUUGCCUAGCUUGAACGUUUUUUGCUUGUAUGCAAUCGUCACAGACUGGAGUGUUGCAAACAGUGCUCCGAUUAACUGACGUUGAUAUCCACAGUCUAACCGCCGCGAUCGACGAUGUCCGCAGUGUGACUCGCAACCUAGCUGGAGCUGCGGGCGGUGACUGGCGCGUGAAUAAGUUUACGGUGAUAGUAAGCUUGCAAAGCAUCUACCGCACUCUCUCCUCCCCCGCCUGGGCCCGGUGUCAAGACACAGAGUCAAGAAGACCGGUGGCGGGGAAGGGCGAAGGUGGAUGGCACGGUCGAGCCCGCAUCUUGGAGGUCCACUGCGCACCUCCUGGUCCACACAGCAAAUGACCAGGAUUUUAGCCAACAACAGAAGGGACUGGCGCGGCCGAAGUCGCACACCUGGACGUGCCUUCACACCUGGUUCGGAUCCCGCGGAGUGGGAGUUCCUCUCCCUAACACCGAUGCACUGUCUUGACCCGUCAGCCAUAUGUUGCGGCGAUCGGACGCAGGUGGCAGGCACGACCUGAGCCUUCGCCUGGGCUUGUCAGCGCACCCCACUCCCGUGCGCGACAGUUGUUUUUAGGGUGUGGCCUAAAUAACGCUUGACAUACCCCGAUAUGGUCCCCGUGUUGGUCCAGCGCAUCUCCCGCGUGACUCUCGUUGUUACCAGCAGACGUAGGCGAGUUAGGUGGUGUGGGUCUAUUCGGCCACAUGCGCAUCCACGACGACCUGCGGUAGACAACCGCCGGUCACACCACACAUUCCCUCACUCCCUACCUCCUAACAUCAUCACCCCACUAGACGUCAACCCUCACACACCUCAUGCACUCAACUGCCGCCUCCCACGCAAGUGGGAAGUGUGCAUCUCGACUCGGUCCCCAUGCGGCCUCGGCUGCACGAGUGACUUGAGUCCGAGACUAUCCCGACACGUCAAGUGUCGUGGAUAGGAAGGUUGCUGAUUGACGCCCGUUAUCGGUUCACGCAGUUCGUCACGUUGUGUGUGUGUUGUGUAGUGGCGGACUGGUGGGCUGGGGACGGGCUGAAGCAGCACCUUCCACGGCCCUCUCACGCAUGUGAGAGACACGCCGUUCAACCCCCGUUGUGUGAAAUCCUGGUGUUUGUGUGUAUGGGGGGCCAGGUCGUGCUGUGGCGCGCGCAGGCAUGGUCAGUCGACCAUGUCAGCCACCGCGCCCAUUCUCCACUCCAGUCUACUGACCGGCUCGGACAGUGGCUGGGGUGUGGGAAUGGGAAGGGAGAGUGAGGUCGACGACUCAGCGCAUUUUCCUCACUAUAAUCAAUCUGACGCGCUUGAAGCUAUCACGGUGCGCUAAAAGCCGUGGCUUGGAAGGUUGCCAACUGACGGGGUACCUUGGACCUCCUCCUUAACGGGAGGCGGUCUGAGAGUCAGGCUGCAAUGGCUCCUUUUUAAUGUGGCCUUUAUGGCAUUCCCACCACAGUGUGGGAUCCGAGCCAGGCGUUGGCGGCACGGCCAGGUGCGGCUUCGGCCGUGCCAGCCUCCAAAUCUAUGUUGUGUUGGUUGAAAUCCUGGUUAUUGUUGUGUGGACCAGGGGGUGUGGUGGAACGCCAAGGUGAGGAUCCGUCCGAGCCAUCCACCUGCGGCCUCCCUCGUCUCCGGUCUUCUUGACUCUGUCUUGACACCGGGCCCAGGCGGGGGAGGAGGAGAGAGUGUAGGUAGAUGCUACGCAAGUCUACUGGCACUAUAAACCCCUGCGUAAGUCACCGUCCCUGCUCCCACAAUGCAGUCUGUGGGGCACACGGUGGACAUCGUCGAAAUCGACGGUCGAACUGUCAAGCCUCGAAAACCCUCCUUGGUCAUCGACCAUUAAAUAUUCAUACUCCCUACGAUCGGCCACGGGCCCGUUUUCCUGCCGGUUGUGUUUGAUCAGGUCACAUGCUGUGUCUGUCCCGUUGUGCCUCAGGGCUUACUCAAGUUAAUAUUCUCAACCACAAGCGACAGUUCAUCGGAUCCGCUGUCCAAUGACCAACGGGUCCCAGGUCAUCCAUACCUGGGACUGGGCAUGGCUGGUUGACGAUGGCCAACAAGUCAGAAAUGGCCAUCCUGGUCUGCCUUGUAUUUGUCAGUAUUUCAACUGCGCCAAAUUACAUUACCAACUGUCAGACAAGCUCGGGCAGUCCAUUGGCGGGUGGGAGAGAGAGAAAGAGUAAGGUCGACACGGGGGGGGGGGAAUCGAUCUCUACGACACACCGGCUUAUUUCUCACCAUAAUUAAUCGUGUCUUGGAAGAUUACCAACUGACGGGAUAACACGGUCCUCACGGUGGGUACUGUAUGUAAUUCGUGUCGCGUUCUGGACCCAGAUUACUGUUCCCUUUCCUGUACUUAAUAAGAUCAUUGCCGUCAUUUUGUACUCAUUCUAUCCUACGUGUCCUGUAUUGGUCUGUAUAAACAUUAUAAAACUCGCGAACUUUUGAAAUUAACCUGCUGCUUCACUGGCAUUCGGGGUUUCUAAACUGCUAGCUGUAUAUUUUCUGUGUAAGGACAAUCAUAUAUUUCUAAAGUUCAUUUAGAAUUUUGAAAUAGAUGUCGAUUACGUCGCACACUUUAAAGGUGACAUUAAUGAAUAGACAUUUAUGGCUCUAUAUAAAUAGACAUUUCAUGUUUUAAAAAAAUUAAUUAUUAGGACCCUUUUUAAAGUCAAAAAUAGCCGGUUCUCAGGCCCAACUUUGAUUAAGACGUAAUUUUUGACCAAGUGGGCUUAAAAAGAAUAUUUUUGCAUGGUUUCUGUAAGAUAUACAGUGUGUGACCGAUGUCAUGAAAUGUUGACCGAAAUUCUGGAAUGCGUUUUGGGUUAUCAAGGAUUACUUAGGUGGGGUUGUAAGAUUGAUUCGCAUGUAGCGUAAUCCUCCGUAUUUUGCACCCACCAGGAUGUCGACUUUUGGAUGCACUCCUUUUUUGACCUCCUGCAGAAACCACACUGGGUAAAAAAUGAUCACUUAUGUAACAUGCAUUUUUCCUAUUGAUUUUCGAUGAUCUUAUAAAUUCAAAUCUACUUCAUGAAAACAUGCACAGAAAGAUGCUUUCUUUUACUUAUUUGUUAGAAAAUCACAUUGUCUUCUAAUGCGCAUCCGAAGAAAGUGUAUAUUUAGGUUUCAAAAGAGGUUCCUAAUUCCCGAAUAAUUUUGAGCCUGAUCUGCCAUUGCGUUAGCGUUUAGCGACUCUAGUCUACAAGGUGCAUGCUUUCUGCGUAAGGAAAAUAACAUAUUCCUCUAUGACUUCAAGAAAGUGCCAUAUAGAGUUCAGAGGUCCUUGCAAUGGAUGCGGACUACUUUGUACAUUUCCUGAGGAGCAUUGGUAAACGGACAUGUGCGGUCCUGUAUGCAUAGACAUCACAUGGUCUUAAAAAUCUCAUAAUUAGGAACCUCUUAUGAAACCUAAAUAUGCACUUUCUUUGGAUGCGAAAUUUGAAGACAACAUGAUUUUCUACCAAAUAAGUAAAAGAAGGCAUAUUUUUUGCAUGUUUUCCAUGAAAUAUAUUUGAAUUUAUAAGACCAUCGAAAAUCUAUAGGGAAAAUGCCUGCUACAUAAGUGAUCAUUUUUUACUGAGUGUGGUUUCUGUAGGUCGAAAAGGAGUGCAUCCAAAAUUCGACAUCCUGGUAAGUCCAAGAUGCUAUAGGAUUACGUUGUAUGCUAAUCAAUCUUACAACCCCACCUAAGUAAUCCUUCCUAAUCGAGCACGCAUUCCAGAAUUUCGACCAACAUUUCAUGAGAUCGGUCACGCACUGUAGGUGGAGUCUGAGUAGCCACCUUUUUAUGAAAACCUGGUACAUCCACUGAAGCCUUUUAGGGUGUGGACAACUUUCAAAACGACGACCUCUGGAUGGUUUUGAUAGCUUCAAACACCUCCGACUUAUUAUUAGUGCUAAAGCGAACGCUUGAUUGGCGUGAGGAAAAUAAAUCCUGGCUCGGUCUCACUCCUCUAAUGUACCAGCAGACAGUUCAGGUUAGGAAAAGGGAUAGGGAGCAAUGACCGACAUGGCGUUUACGCAUGCCACAGGCUGUCGCGUCACCCAUUGAAGGCCUAAACAACAGCCCGACUUGUUUUUGGGAACGCUAUAAUGCACGAUGUCCCUUUUCCAGCUUUUCAGCAUUCUGAUCGCGACGUAACCGACUUUACCUAUCUGCGCAGUUUAUCCGCAUGCGUUGUGUGACGAGUGUUGUAGCCAACUUUCUGACCGUCCUCUAGUCUUUCACUUAGCGUUAUAGGUAGGUUUUUCUCUAACCUGCCGGAAUGCUGGGUUUUUUCCGCACACUAUAUGAUAAAUCGUCAGCCUCAGCACGCUAGCUGUUUCCUGUUUUCGAUCUUAUUAAAAAAAAUUUAUAGACCUUAUCGCGGCGAGCCUUGCGUUUUGAGAUUCUGUCUCGGAAUACGUUCACUGUUGCUUCGUGAUCGUGAUCAGCGCCUUUUGUUGCAUAGUUCACCUUUUUGUUCAACUGAUUUAUACGGCCGUUGGUUUGUUUUGUAAGCUUCUCUGUCUGUAUCAGUGACCUGCUGGGGGAAUUGCUACCUCUCUUUAUGAACCAAAUUUCUCAUGGCCGAAAAGGGUCUGAGACGGUGCUGUUAAUUCGUAUUGACCCAACUGUGAAAAACUCGGCGCCUCGGUGGGAUUCGAACCCACGCAGUAAGGGGAAGGCUUUAGUACAGCCAACGCUCUAGCCACCUGAGGUACGAGGCCCAACCGGAAGACGUUAGUUUCAGCACAGGUCGGUCAAGUUACCCGCCCAACCUACUGCAACGUCUGGAAUCCAUCGAAUCUGAUACAGUAAGUUGACUGCCCAGGCAGGAUUUCCUAAAUAAUUCACCUAGAAUCCACCGGAUGACUACCAGGCUUACGUAAUUCAUAGAUGUUUUGGCGGAUUUUGAAUUAUUCAUAUUGGCCCAACUGUGAUUACACUUGCGUCGUCCGGCGAGGCCUCGUAGCUCAAGUGGUUAGAGCGUUGGCUGUACUAAAGCCUUCCCUUUACUGCGUGGGCUCGAAUCCCACCGAGGCGCCGAGUUUUUCACAGUUGGAUCAAUAUGUAUUAUUCAAAAUCUGCCAAAACAUCUAUGAACGGUGCUGUUAUUCCUUGGUUGGAUUAUGUCAAGUACCUGUUGGAUAUCUGUAUUUAUUUUUAACUGUGUUGCCCAUCUAGGUCGACAUGUCUCCAGGCGACCCUGUAUCUAUUGACGAACUUCGUGCGAGGGCUGAUGCACAGCCCAAGAUUCUCAACCUCCACCGUAUCCGCCGACCGUCUGCAGUGGCCAACAAGGACGUCACCGAAAGCCAGUCCCGUUAA